AUGUCUUCCCCACUUGUCUUCAUCACCGGUGCUACUGGUUUUAUUGGCAGCGCCACCGCUCUUGAGACUUUGAAGGCAGGAUAUCGUCUUCGAAUUGCCGUCCGCAAGAGAUCAGAGAAACUGGAAGAUGUAUUGUCAGGCUAUCGUGACCAGCUGGAGUUCGUCACCAUCCCUGACCUGACCGACGAAGCUGCCUACAAAGGCAAGCUUGAUGGAGUGGACUUUGUCCUGCAUCUGGCAUCGCCUCUUGCCCGUGGAACAGACCCGGAUGCCAUAUUCACUCCUGCGAUUAACGGAACCUUGGCUAUUCUUAAGGAGGCGGCUGAGGUGUCAAGCAUCAAGAAGGUUGUGAUCACUUCGUCUAUCGCUGCGUUGCUUCCCAUCACCGGAAUACCCGAAGGUGGUGUUGUCAAAGAGGAUAAUGACUGGAAUUUGACUGUGGACCCUAAGGCCAAUUUCGUCGACCCUAGCAAUCCUGAUGCAACCCCGAUGACUUUGUACCGAGCAUCCAAAUUGCUUGCAAACAAUGCUACCUGGGAAUUCUGGAAGAACGAAAAGCCACAUUACGCCUUGGUUACAAUUCAUCCAGCAUUUGUCUUCGGUACCAAUCUUGUGCAAACCUCCGCCGAAGAAAUUCAGGGAGGAUCCAAUGGUAUUCUCUGGGGUAGCGUGAUGAGAGGUGUUCCAAUGGGCCGCAUCACAGGCGUGCACAUCCAAGAUGUUGCUGAAGCUCACGUCAAGGCAUUAGAUCCAAAGAUCAAGGAUGGUUCAAAGUAUUUGCUUUCCGGGCCGCAAACCACUUGGAAGGAUGUGGCUCGUGUGGCGCUAAAGGCCUACCCCAAUGUUGGUGUGAAGCUUACGGAGGACGUUGAGGGCCCUUCUUCCAUGCCUACCGACACAACCAAGGCAGAAGUUGAACUUGGAAUGCGAUGGCGACCUUGGGAGGAAAUUGUGCGAAAUGUGAUAGAUCAGCAGCUGAGCUUUUUGCAAUGA